AGGAGAGAUGGGAAUCUCUCUCUCUCCUCUCCCCACAGCCCGCAACGGGGCGCUGAGGCAGAGGCCAAUUGUUGCCAGGCUAGAGGAGCAGGCGACAGACUAGGAGUGCGCUGUUGUUUCCGUUAUCCGGCCGCCCAACCACCACUCUCCCUCUCCCUCCCUCCGAAUUAUAAACUCCGCCCUGUAUAAAACCCCACGUCCCCUCUCCUCGCCUCCUCACUAGUCGCCGCUGCAUUUCGUUCCACUCGCGCACAUCUCGUCGUUGAGCUCGGCACGAAGGAGGCAGCGCGCGGCCGGCCGGGAAUGACGAUGAUGGGGCAGCAGCCGCCGCCGCCGGCGUUCGGGGACACGACGCUGACCAAGGUGUUCGUGGGCGGGCUGGCGUGGGAGACGCACAAGGACACCCUCCGCGAGCACUUCGAGCGCUACGGCGACAUCCUCGAGGCCGUCAUCAUCUCCGACAAGCUCACCGGACGCUCCAAGGGCUACGGCUUCGUGACGUUCAAGGAGGCGGACGCGGCCAAGAAGGCGUGCGAGGACGCCACCCCCGUCAUCAACGGCCGCCGCGCCAACUGCAACCUCGCCUCCCUCGGCGCCAAGCCACGGACCCAGCCGCCGCACCUCCUCCGCCCCUCGCCGCCGCACGCUCCCGCGCUCCCCUCCCCUCACCAGCCCGCGCCAGCAGCCAUCACGGUGGGGUCCAGGGGCGUGUCGCCGGUGCCAUGGUACUACCACCCCUCGACGACGCCGCCGCCGGCCGCGCACUACGCCCACGGCGCGCACCAGCAGUACCACGGCGUGCUCCCCUUCUACCCCGCCGCCGCCGCCGCCUACGGGUACUCACCAAACUACGUCGCGGACAUGAGCUACAACGCGAAGCUAGGCCAAGCGGCGGCAGCGGGCACGGUCGGGUCCUACAUGCAAGGCCACUUCUCGUACCCAGCGGCGGCGCAGGGCGGCAUGGUGCCGCCCAACGGCAUGAUGCCGGUGUACCCGUUCUACCACUACCAGUACCACGGCUCGCAGGGUCUGGGCGUCCCCGCCGCCCACUUCUUCCCGCCAGUCUCCACCGCCACCGUCCCCGCCAUCAUCUCCAAGCCUACCGUCAUGGCCCCUCCUCCCAAAGUGGAGCAGGUGACGGGUUGCAGCUGAAGGCAUGAUGAUGGUGGCGGUGCAAUGGAAGGGAAAAGGAGAGGAGGCCAAAGGUGCUCUGUCUGAUUAACAAGCUGCACAUGAAGGGUGUCGUCCGCGUCUGUCGGGCCAGGCAGCCUGCCCGCGUAUUACAUUCGUUCAAUUCCCUCUAACUUGUGCGCCCAUGGGGGAGCACGCCCACCAGCAAAAAUCUGUAACAAAUGAUUCAGUUCGUCUCUCGUUUACCACCGUAUUUUUCAAUGGUAAACUCGUUAAUUUCCAGUGUCUGUAGUAGUCCAAUCACUGUAGGGGACAGUGAACCUGAAUAAAUUGUCAUAAUCUUUGGUCA